AUGUUCAAAACCAUCGGUAGCCCACUGCAUCAACUGGCCAUUUCUGUGCUGCUCCUGAACUUCAGCCAUGCAGCCGAAUAUUUUGCAAUAAAUAUUUUUGAAAAUUAUGAUAAAGAUCACCCAGUUGGAAACACAGAGGAGGAAAUAUUUGAUACCUUCAGAAAUGUUUACAACUUUUACAACAAUGGCAAAUAUCUCAGCAACAUAAAGUCGGUAUACUUCAGACAUACAAAAACAAUAUGUCACAUCAAUGUCUUCAAUAUAAACUAUCAAGAUGAAAAUAUACACCAUUUAAAACUACUCAGAUGUACAAAAGAUUGA